AGGAGAGGACGGUUUUUUGUAGGGGGUGCUGGCGGUGUUGCCGGGGGGCUGAACGAAGUGCGCGUUUAACACUCUUCGGUGGUUGCGGAAAAAAGGCGGAAGCGGGCGUUUCCGUCUCGGAUGAAGUUGUGUUGGUGCGGAAAAGUGGUUCGGGGAUGGUUGUGCGGUGAAGGUGUCGUCAGCGACGACGCGUCGUCCGAUGCGACAGCGGGACUCCGCGCAAGGGCGUCGUCGUCGUCAUCCCGCUGAGGUCGCUUUCCUGACGGACUCCGGAGUGUCGCGGGAAAAGACAUGAGGAGACCGCGUCUCCUCAUCUUUGCGAGAUAAUCAAGCCGCUGUUCACGAUCAGUAACUGUGUUUUCUGAAGUUUGUCACUCGUUGGUGACCUUUCGUAAGGUCGCACGCGCAGUAAGUUAUCGGGGAAAAAAUACAACCGAAGGAACAGAGAAGACAUCGUAUGACCUUGUCAUCUGUAACAUUGCUCUUGAUUGCGGAGUUAUCGCUUCGCGUGCGUCUUGCGGCGUGUGAGGGGUGCCUUUCGGACUGCCAACGACUGUUUGGAAGCUCGACUACACCGCUUUAGUGUUUCAUUGUGAAGUUUGUGAGAGUACCGAGACAGAAGUGCCACAAUGACGGCCGUUCUGUCAGCUCUGGGUGACGUUGGCGGCGCGGCCAUCGGCGUAGCCGGCGUGGGCAUGGACCGUUUACGGCGGAGCCUGCGAGACAGCCUUCGGCGCGGUGCACGGCGGGAGCACGUGCCUGAAUGCAGCAAGCCGCACCAGUGGCAGGCGGACGAGGCGGCUGUCCGGGCGGGAACCUGCACCUUCCCGGUCAAGUACCUCGGCUGCGUCGAAGUCUUUGAGUCUCGCGGCAUGCAGGUGUGUGAGGAGGCCUUGAAAGUUUUACGCAACAGCCGACGGCGCAUGGUGCGGGGCACACUUCACGUGACGGGUGAUGGCCUCCGGGUGGUGGACGAGACCGGCACCCGGGGUCUGCUGGUCGACCAGACUAUCGAGAAGGUGUCGUUCUGCGCGCCCGACCGCAACCACGACCGCGGCUUCUCUUACAUCUGCCGCGAUGGCACCACACGACGAUGGAUGUGCCACGGUUUCCUGGCCCUCAAGGACUCGGGUGAGCGUUUGAGCCACGCGGUGGGCUGUGCCUUUGCGGUGUGCCUGGAGCGCAAGCAGAAGCGGGACAAGGAGAGCGUCCUCAUGAGCAUCGACCCGAAGACAUCGAGCUUCACGCGUACGGGCUCCUUCCGGCAAGGCUCCCUCACCGACCCUGUCCUGCCCCAUGACCCCCAGGAGGGAAAGCCCUCAGAAACCCCACCGGUGAAGGCAGUGGUGAACCCUUAUGCGAUCGAGCGGCCGCACGCGACAGUGACGCUGCUGCAGAGGCAGGGUUCCUUCCGGGGCCUGGGCAGCCUGAGCCAGGCGUCGCCCUUCAAGAGACAGCUGUCCCUGCGGUUGAACGAGCUGCCCUCGACACUGGAGCGACAGCGCGCCAUGUCCCUCGACGCCGCCACCGACCUCUUCCAGCCACCCAGUGCACGGCACAAUGGAUUCAGCAACGUGCCCCCACCAAUCCCCGAGUCCUCUCCGCUGAGCGAGAGGCCCGACAGCAUCAGCGCCAUGUGCCAGCAGGUGAGCCAGGGGCUCACCCUGCUCAGCGACUCAGCCAGGGACGACCCCUUCCGGGAAAAGGCUCCUCCACAACAGCCACAGCCACUGCCAGAGGCUGCCGUGGCACCCGUGCAAAUGAGCAACCCCUGGGCUGACUCCUCUCGCGCCGAUGCCUGGCUGGCCUCCCUGCCCACCCAGUCCUCUUCUCCGGCUCCGCCCCCUGCCCGACAGAGCCCCGCCCCCAUAGCGGCCCCGCCCCACAUCCUGCCCCGUCGAGUCGGCGCUCCACAGCUGCGCAGCCAGUCGCUGAGCGCCGCCGACGGCCUCGUGUCCCCGACGCGUUCCACCUCGCUCUUCACCUCCCACUGGGCCAAGGAACCGCCGCAGACACCGCCCCUAGCCGGAAACGCCACGCCCCCGCUAUCCGGAGACGCCACAAGCUCCGCCCUUCAGGACCCCUUCGACGCCGAGUGGGCGUCGCUUCCCGCCCAGAAAGGGCCGGUGGCAACCAAUCCAUUCGUGGCCCCCAAUGCCGUGAAGGCCUUCGAGGUGCACCUCUAGUGGCGCAAUUUUUCUUUUCUCGUGCGCAGGAUUUUAUAGUGCCGGUGCAUUUCGAGGCCGCCGGCAGCUGAGGGCACCGUGCUUGAAUGCCCGUGUCGGCAACAACGAGCAGUAGUCUCGGUCUCCGGGGGAAGCUUAGCGCCCCUAAUUUAAGUCGAGCGGUAUUGUCGCGACGCACGCGUUUCGAGCGAAAUUUAAGGACGAUAGUGCAACGUUGGUAGAGAAACCGUCUUCGUUCAAAAGAAACCGAAGGACGCGCUGCAACAAAUAUGCCUCGGAAAGUGUCUCGGAAGAGAUAGCUUUUCAGUCGCGCUCCCUUUUUAUUAGCUGUCCCUCCCAUUUUUAUUUUUCUCCCCCAAUUUUUAGCAGCCCGCCAUUUCGUUCCAUCGCUGCAUCACAUUCAUGUUGUUGGGUGUCUCAAGCGCACACAUUCGACUACAAGCGCUCUUUUUUGUACAUACGAGGCCGUGACGGCGUUAUCCUCUCACAAGCCCGCCCGAGAGGGUCGUGAGGAAAGAAAGAAUUCUAUCACAACCUUUCGAGUACCUUGUUCCCUGGGCUGCGUUCCCACAGAUGCUUAGCGUGCCCUCCCCUCCCAAGACCUGCCUGUGGCAAAGCUUACUGCGGUGCCAAUCGUUUUUUUUUCGCGGUGCUCUGCCGCAACGUUGCAUUCCACUCGAUAGUGUUGCCGGGCGUCGGCCCUUUUAGUCGGCGGCGGUUGAUGUCCUCCGCUGGCUUUCCCUCUCUGUCGAUGAACUUGCAUUUCCCGAAACGCCCUAAGAGAGGUCGGUGCAUCCACUCGAAAUACCUCCCUUUUUACCCUCGUAUGCGUGAAUGUGGGGAGUGAAGUGUAUUUAUGCCACCCUUUCUUUUCUCUCUCUCUUGUUCGUCUUCGUAUAUCGAGUUUUUUUUUUUCCUAGAGCUUAUUACGGCUGAACCGAGCCCGACACGGCGAGGUCACCUCUCUAUCACUUCAUCGUACGCCACAAACGGUGGGUCGAAAACGACGAAAUAAAAGGAAUAGGCCGAUGUUACAAUUGCCGAAAGAAAGGUGCUUGUUUACCCCACCUCCUUCGCAUUUUUUCGUUUUCACGGACGAUUCACUCCAGGGUCUUCUCGUUUGCAAAGCUUCGACGUUUUUUUUUUUUUUUUUAAGUUCCAUGUUGCCCUUGUAUCGUGCUGUUCACCAUUUGGGUUCUUUUUUCCGCGGUUUCUCAAGUGUCAAAACGAGAGUCGCUAGAAUCGCCAGACGUCCUACGCCGUCGUUCGCGCCGCGUUAACCGCUGCAUCUCGGGGUGUAAUGUGCGUGUACGUUUCAGCUUUUAACUGUUUGUGCGUCGAACUGUUUUGGGGCUGUGCUUUCGUAGACUGUUAAGAGAAGUUUGCGCUGUUUCGAAGAACGAAGUAAGGUUGUACAAGGCCGGUUGACAAUGUGUACAAAGGAAGGAAAGAAACUACUAGUUGUGUGUUUUCGAUGUUCCGACGCUUUUUGUCUCUGCUUCGUCCUGCAAUGAACUCUGGGCUGGAAAAGCAUGCAAAAGACUGUCUAUUAUGAAUUGCUGCGUCUUAGUUCUCAAUGUCCCCACACGCAUCUCUUCUAUUUCUUGUUGUACGCGUCACUCUCGGCUCUGUGAAAGCGGUGCAACACGACAGCUGUGAAGCGCCUUAUGGCUUUUUUGUUACCACGGUUUCCGUUCUUGCCGACUACAUUCGUGUUGGUCUGUAUCCACAAGUUAUGUAAUAAAUGAGUAUGACAGUGAUCAAGUUAA